AUGGCCGAAAAUGGUAACUCGGCUAUACUGAUUGCCCUGGCCUGGGGUCUCGGAUCAUUGGUUAUUAUUCUCUGUGCUACUAGACUUUGGGCCAGGAAAAUGGUAAUCGACCGGGCCAGCUGGGAUGAUAUCUUCAUGACUUUAGCUGGCAUAUUCGCGAUUCUCUGCUCGGUAUUCGUUACGAUUGCUGCUCAUUACGGACUCGGUAGGCACAUCGACACUAUCACCGACCCUUACCACAGACAAAUGGCAAUAAAGUAUACCAUUAUAGCACCUUCAUUUUCUAUUGUAUCGUCGACACUUAGCAAGAUCUCUAUCCUAAUAUUUCUGACUCGGCUGAUUGGAGUUACUGCUACGCGACUACAUCUAGCCUGCAUCUGGACGUUAGGUGCCAUCUUAGUUAUUGCAAAUUUCAUCGCAAUAGUCAUCCUCCUUCGUUUCUGCAUCCCUAUCGAGAAGCAAUGGAUGCCUGAAGUUAAAGGGAGCUGUAUAAGCCCCGAAACCCAUGCUGCCGGAGCUACUAUCGCCAAGAUCUACUUUAUGCGUGUCCAUAAUCUGGGCGAUCAUAACGACAUAACAUGGUCUUGGGGCAGCAUCACAAUAUGGUACCUUUGCGAGAUGCAUGUCAUAAUUAUCGUUGGUACUAUACCUACUCUCUGGCCGGUUCUAAAGGGAUUUGUAAAAAAGAAAGGUGGAAACUCGGAGAGCUCUGGCUCGUACCAGAAUGCUUCGGGGACUACUGAGGGAACGGAGGCGCUUAGGCUAUCGGACGUGAAAGGCGGUAGGAAGGCCGGUCCGGCGACAAGGGUUCUUCGAGACAUCGACGACAUGCGCACGGUAAGGUCAUGGGAUGAUAAUGGCGAGGCCUAG